AAGUAUCUUCAAUAUCUUGUCAAAUGUUUAUUCAUUUUCAUAGACUUGGUUUUGUAAAUUGUCUUAUUCGACAAUCACUUUCAAUAGUUACUAGCAACUCUAUAGUAUCUUCAUCAUUCAUACUCAUUUGUAUCGAAGGCAGUGGUCCAUCUAAUUAUUUACUUACACUUCGUCACACAAUGCCAGGAACAAUUGAUAUUAUUGAAAAAUUACCUCCAUUUUUUUAUCUUGUUCGAGAUGAUGAUGUUGUAUCUGAUCAUCUUGAAGUAAAAAAUGUUAUACAUAUAUUUACAAAAAUAGUUGAACAUGAAUAUGUGAAAGAACUACAAGAAUUUUAUUAUAAUAUUUACUUAUAG